CUCAGCCUGGCGUCCCAGUAGGCCUUACUUGGGUCUCCCACCGUCCAUGUGGCGCCAUGGCGGUGCAGACGGACCCACUCACGGCGUCGCUGCAAGAGGAGAAGCUCUUGGAGAAGUUGGCGCAACAUGCGGAGGUGCGACAGCACAUGGCGGAUCAAGGCUUCCUCAAGGAGCUGGAACGCCUCCAACAGUUGGCCUGUUCCGAGGAACCAGGCGUGGGACAAAAAGUGGCCCUCGCGGCCCAGAAGGACCCCCGCAUCAUGCAGGCACUGAUGGCCUUGCAGGGCCAUGGCCUUGUCGUGGACGAGUCGGACCUCAAGAAGGCCGAGCGUGUGGGCGAUAUGCCGCGGAGGGAGCCGGUGCAGUUGGAGCAGUUGCUCCUGGUGAAGGAUUUGCAGGAUCCAGAGGAAGCACGACUCAAGGGCAAUGAGCACUUCAAGGCGGGGCGGGUGUCCGAAGCUUUGGCGCACUACGAGAAGGGCCUGGAGCUCUUCCAAGGAAAGGCUGAAGUGCCAGCGGCGGCCGUGGCGACGCUGCUCAGCAACGCGGCCCUCUGCUACUUGAAACUUCAAUGGCCCGAGCGGGCCAAGAAGAAGGCGACCACGGCCAUUGUGGCCAUCAAGCAAGCAGGGACUGGCGACUUUGACCAGUCCAAGCUCUACUACAGGAGAGCUUUGGCCUGCGUGCCUUGGCUUGGCAUGGCGGUGGACGACAUGCUUUGCGCUUUUCAGCAUGCCAAAGGCACUGCUGCAGGUGCUGCAGCGGCCUUGAGCUUGGCUGAACAACACCGGCUGAAGGGAGAGGUGGAACGGCUGAAGAAGUUGAAAUCCUCCGCCGAGGCCGACAUGGUGAAAAAGCAGCAGGAGAAGGAGAACGAAAAGACUGCGGAGGUGCAGCGCUUGCAGGGUACGAAGCUGAAGAAGGAAGGCCAGCAGGGCCAGCACUACAGCGAGUACCUGGCUGAGCAGGAUUUCUCUCAUUGGGCGCUUCAGCGCGUGAAAGAGGGGGUGCUUGGAGUCACACACACCGCUCAGAACGGAGCAACGAUUGAGAUCGUCGAGCUCCAGGAGCAUUCCAAGGUCUCCGCCUCCAUCACCAACAAAAAGGGUCAGCGUGCCUUGUACUACGACAUGGACCUCCAUUGUGCUUGGCUGGGCAAAUCUGCUGGGAAUGAGAUGAAAGGCCUGAUCAGAGUCUACAACAUCGCCCACGACACCAAGUUCGAACUGGGCGGCGACGAGAACACCUCCUACAUGUACCAGCUGGGCUGGGAUCAACGCGUGUCGGGCUCCUGGGCUGAGGCGCUGAAAACGGAGGCUGCGGAGCUCUUUGAUCUCGUUGCUCUCAAGGUGGACCGUGUCAUCAAGGAGUUGCGCGCGAAGUGAGCGAAAAAAGGCGCCCUAAAGGGGAGCCACGCAGCAUCGGGUGGAUUUGCUUCCAUGAAACCAGACCUGACCUGGUG